AUGGUAGAAGAGAUUGCCCUAGUACCUCACGAUGAUAUUCAAAGUCCUCAAGCAAAUAUUCGUGUAAUCAACCGGAUAUUCCAUUCCAAAUACUCUUCAAAUCAAUUUCUAUUAUGGAUUCUUUCGUUUGUUUGUUUAUUAUUGAUUGCUGGACCAUUAACAUCGCAUAUAUCAUAUUCGGUACCAACCAUGAAAACAAGAGACAUUCCGGCUCAUAUGUUCAGUGAAGAACGAGCUCGAGAUUAUCUUGCUAAUUUAACACGAUUUGGUUCGCGAGUGAUAAAUACGCAGGGUAAUUAUGCUGCACGAGAAUAUCUGAUUUCGCAAAUCGAAACGAUUUUCUCGAGGAGCAAUCGACAACUUCGCUUUGAACUCGUCCGACAGGAUACGAUCGAUUUGGAUUCGAAUCGAUUAGAAAAUAUUCUCGUUCGUGUUUCGAACGCAUCGAUGGAAUCGGAAAAACUUUGGAACGUAUUACUCAGUGCUCAUUACGAUUCCGUUGAAUUCAGUCCUGGAAGCAGUGACGAUGGAUCCGGUGUGGUGAUUCUUCUUGAAUUACUAUCAAAUUUAGUGAAUGAUGUGACAAUGACGCUCUCGAAUCUUAAUCUUAUUCUUAUAUUCACUGACGCUGAAGAAAUUGGUUUGCAUGGUUCUGAAGCAUUUCGAUCUUUACAUUCAUGGUUUCGUAACAUUCAUCGUUUCAUAAACGUAGAUUCCGUUCGUUGUAAUCAAGUAGCAAAUCUUAUACAAAUCCGAUCGUCACAGCUGGCGAUCGAAUACAGCUAUGUGCCAAAACCUCGUGCGAAUUUCAUUCUACAGAAUAUUUGCCUUUGGCUUGGUAUUCGAACCGAUUACGAUAUGUAUUCAUUAUAUAAUCAAGUACUAGGCUAUAAUUUUGGAUUCUUCUUCGAUGGAUAUACAUAUCAUACACCAUUCGAUAAUUUAGCGACUAUAAAGCCUGGUGUGCUUCAAGAAUUAGGUGACAAUCUUCUCGUUUUAAUACGCAAUACAUUUCUUCAGUACUCGAAUAUUACGGAUAAUGAUUCUCUGAUUUAUUUUGACAUUCUCGGUCGAUACUUGAUGAUUUACAAACGGUCAACAUCGCUGUUCAUUCAACGGACUCUUAGUUUGUUGCUCAUUAUGAUUGGACUCGGUUUAAUUACCAUCGACCAUGUUUAUCAUAAAAAAAAAGUUUCCCCAUGUUGCAAUUGUUCCUGUAUCUAUGUUCAAUACAAACAUCCGCUAACCAUACGAUUCCUUUCGAUUUUAAUCUAUUCAGUAUCGAAUCUACUUUCACUUGCCAAUGCUUUCCUCUGUUCCAUCGCCGUUGCAUUUAUCAUGUCAAUAACCAAACCAUUUUCAUGGUUUGGUAGUCCAUUGAUCGCCACUCUUCUUUUUGGUUUACCGUGUUUGGUUGGUAUGUUAAUAAUUGGAUAUUUAUUCGCUCGGCUGCACCAUGUUGUUCGCCGGCGGUUUCGACAACAAGCAGUCACAACCGAAUCUUUCGAUUUCGAACAAAAUCUUUCAAUGAUGAUCAGUUUCGUUGGUUUGAUGAUCGUUUCGGUCAUAUGGAAAAAUCCCUUACUCUAUAUGAUUCUCAUCUGGACGGUAUUUAUCUUUCCGAUUUACCUCUGUGUAAUCAUCGUGGAGUUUGUUUGCCAUUGGAGAGAAAUUCCUUGGAAAAUUCUUCAUCGAAAAUAUUAUUGGUUAUACUUGCCACUGCUGGUUUCACUAUUUCCACUGGCACAUAGCCUAGAAAUAGUCGAUCGUUUACUUCGAAUCCUUAUUCCAAUAUCUAUGCGAAGAUAUGCCGAGCAAUGGUCUUUCUAUGAAAAUCGUCUCAUUUCCUGCAUCAUCACCAUUCCUACGGUGUUAUCUGUCUUGAUCUUCAUUCCAAUACUUCAGAGAAUUAAAUGCUUUGGACGUACAUUCAAUUCAUUUUCAAUUUUCUUUCUUCUCAUUUGCAUAGUUGCCUUUGUUCGACAACCGUUUACCGACAAACAUCCAAAUGCUUUCUAUGCGCAACAUAUAUCCAAUACAACUUACGUAGUCGAGAAUUUCUCAAGGAUUGCAAUGAAUGCAUCACUCCUAUCAAGAUCAUCAUCGAUCACAGCUCGACUAUUUGCAGGAGCCCGUCUUUCACCCAUUCUCGAUGAGUUUUCUAUCAAGAGUGGCCAUCGCCUACAGAAUAGACGUUGCUUGAAUCGAAUGAAUUGCGUAUUCGACGACACAUUCAAUCGUUCAAUUGCGGUCGAAAGUAUUCGAAUCGAACCGAAUCAUACGAUCAUUAUUCAACAUCUCCCAUCGUAUCAUAUCUCUAUUUCCGCUUCAUUUUCGACUGAAUUUCAUGUUCGAAAUCAAUGGACGAUUCCAAGAACAACGACAAUCGUUGAUCUCGUAGUCAAUUCAAAUGUUAGUUUAGUUAAAAUGGAUAUUAUCAUUCGACGAUGUGAUUUACAUCAAUCACCGUUUUUAUUGCUAUUUACUCGAUUUAUAUCGCAUGUCAUCCCGAUGGGUGAUGCAGUUUGCCAAGCAAUUGAAGACAAUACAAAAUUACUUGUUACUUUUCAUCAAAAUGAAUGA